AAAAAAAGAAAAAAAAAAAAGAAAGGAAACCCUUAUAUAGUGAGACACAUAACCAUGAAGAUGAGGGAGGGAAAAAGGGAAGAGAGUGAAAUCCUUCUCUAAACCCAUCUCUCAAAUCUUUUAUACGAAUCGAUUUCUGCAACUGCGCAUAGAAAUCAAAUCACCGUUCUCUUCUGGUUUAAUGGGCCCUUAGUUACAUCUUCUUGUUUGAAGCUUUACUAGUCCCUUCUCUUUAAGCGGUCUUUAAUGGAUAUCGAACAGAAGCAAGCGGAGCUGAUAGAGUACUUCGUGAAGCAAGCAGAGAAUCACAAAGGGGCAUCUCUUGCGAAUGUAAUAGUUGAAGCAACCUCGCAUUCCUCUCUCUUCGCGUUCUCAGAGAUUCUAGCUGUUCCUAACGUUGCCGAGCUUCAAGGGACUGAGUACUCCGUGUUUCUUGAUGUGCUUCGUCUGUUUGCCCAUGGCACGUGGAGUGAUUACAAGAGUAAUGCUUGCCGUCUCCCCCAACUAGUACCUGAUCAAGUCCGCAAGCUAAAACAACUUAGUGUUCUUACCCUUGCUGAAAUAAACAAGGUACUCUCCUAUGAUCAAUUAAUGCAGGAACUGGAUGUUACAAAUGUACGUGAACUUGAAGAUUUCCUUAUUAAUGAGUGCAUGUAUUCGGGCAUAGUUAGAGGAAAGCUGGAUCAGUUGCGGAGAUGCUUUGAGGUGCAAUUUGCUGCUGGGAGGGAUCUGAGACCUGAACAGCUUGGGAGUAUGAUACAAACAUUAACAAGCUGGUUAAAUACGUCAGACAAUCUCCUUCUCUCCAUUCAGGAGAAGAUAAAAUGGGCAGAUACGAUGAGUGAGGUGGACAAGAAGCACCGGAAGGAAGUCGAAGACAGGGUGGAAGAAGUGAAGAAAUCUCUCUCCGUCAAGAAAGAAAUAUUGGGAUGUGUUGGUCGAUGCGUCUUACUUACGUGGUGGCAGAAGUUACACACUGUAAGCAGGCAGCAGACAUGGAGUUCCGGGGACAUGAGGAGAUCAUCUACUCUGAACCUGGUGGAGUGAUGGAUUAUGAGGAAGAUCGUAUCCGUCCCAAGAGGAGGCGGCCACCCAUAUCUUGAGGUGAAAAGAGAAGAAAAUUAGGUGUGACUCAUUGGACGGGUUCUUUCACGCGGUUUGCCAGAUUUUGUUGAUGGCAUUGCAGCAUCAUAUAGUUUUUGCUUUGAGAAGCAAUAUGACCCUUUGAUUCUGGAUUUGCGGUCAAUCUGUACAAACUGAGUGUAUUCACUGUAUUGACAAUUCAUGACAUGCUUUUUUGUUAAACUUCGAUUAUUUUGAGUCGAAUCCGCUGGGUGAAGUUGGAGAGAACAAAGGUCAUAUAUUGAAGUGAGGCUGGGAAAUUCAUGCAAAGUUACAAUUUGCAUUGAAGAUUGUAAUUUUAUUUAUCUGCUGCUUUUUGUUGGCAGGAGGAUGGCUCAUUCUGCCCUACAUCUUUCUGAUGUGGCAUACAAAUGCAUUUGAGCUCAGAUGUGAAUGGUUUUGUUUUAGGAAGUUGUUUGGAACCCAUUUGGCUA